GCUAAAUUAUUUUGCUUUUAUACAGUGUGCUUUAAAAUAGCAUUUAUUUAGAUUUUAACCGUCAAUGAAUUUGAGAAUAUUGAAAAAAAAAAAAGUUGUCUCAUUCCGCGCAUCAGUACGAGAUUUAAACGUUCUUAAAAGUGAUUGGUCGUAAUUGUUGUGUCCAAGUUUGAAUUGCUUUUACAAUGGAAUGAACUUAAUUCCCUCAAUGGACAUUCAGUGGGAUGAAUUGCCUUUUCAGUGCAGUUUUAAACUGUUUAAUAUAUAACUGAGUUUGUAUUUAACAAAUAAGUAUGCGUGAGUUUGUUCAUAAAAGCUCAAAGUCUAUAUUUGCUAUUUAUUAUCAGAUUUGAGACAUAAUUUCUUUUUCUUCUGUAAAAUAUCAUCCAACUGUGCUGAGAUAGUUGUGCCAAUAAAAUUUAGGUUUUUAAUCGAUGUGCACUUUCGUCCAUGAGAAUUUCUAUUACAUGAGAUCUACAAAACAGCAAUAAAUAUACACCACUUAUCUGAUGCUCUAAGCAAAAUAUGGCCACUUCAAAUGAAGAGUGGGAAGUUUCAAAAGAGAACAUUCGGCCAAUACAGCGAGGAAGGAGGCCUAGUAAGUUAAAUGCAUGUCUAACACUCCAUCCUGAUGAUGUUAUUUUAAAGCAGCGUGAUGUGUUUGAAAAAGAGUUAAGGAUAUAUUCCGGGGAUGAUCCUCUUUCUGUGUGGCAUAAAUAUAUAAAAUGGAUUGAACAGAAUUUUCCUAAAGGAGGCAAAGAAAGUCAUCUUGAACAGCUCCUUCAGCGCUGUUUGUCUAUAAUGAAAAAUGAAUCAAAAUAUUAUGACGAUGAUCGAUUUAUUGAUAUAUGGCUAAAAUUUGCAAAUAUGUCUUUACGACCAAUAGAUGUUUAUAAUUAUAUGUACAGCAAUAAUAUUGGCUGCAAGUCUGCACCAUUUUUUAUUGCAUGGUCUUGGGAAUUAGAGCAGCAAGGUAACUUAAAAAAGGCAGAUGAAGUUUUAUGCGAAGGUUUUAAUCGUAAAGUUCAGCCCCUUGAGAUGCUUCAAACUAAGAUGUGUGAAUUUGAAAGGAGAGUGGUAAAUAAAAUUCACACAUCAUCAGUUCAAGAGACUGGCAACACAGAACAGAGUCGUUCUGCAUUUGCUUUGCUGAAACCUCAAAAACGAAAUUUAGCCCCUGUUUCAAGAACAGGAGAUUCAGUUGUUGAAGCCCCUAGGGCAACAAUGCUGCUUGGUAAAGAGCAGCCUGUACCAAAAAUUACUUCUCAGACUAAGGCAAUCCCAUUCAAAAUCUAUAAUUCUGAAAAUAUUGCACCAUCCCUUCCUGUUAAAGCUGAAAGCAGUGAACCAUUUAUUUUACAUUCUGAAACCUCUAAAGAGAAUGAAAAAAAGCCAGCCAAAUGGAAUAAAGUAAAAUUCAAACCAGUUUCUAAAACAUCUGGUGAAUUUAAAGAGCCUACCUUUAAAUUACAUUGCGAUGAUACGGCCCAGCUGCCUAAAACACCCAGAUUAGUGCCUAGAGUAUCAAAUGUACUUGGCAUUCGCAGUGAAGAUGAAAGCCCACCAAUUGCUUUAUUUGAACAACCUGAUUCAUCAAAGGUUCCCAUGUAUGAUAAAAAUAAAGUUUAUGGAGGUGCUGAAGAAUAUUCUUUAGAAGAGAUUCGAGCUGCAGCAUGGUUUGAGAAAAAGCAAAAAAAUGAAUUGGCUUCACAGGAGACAGUACAUGUAGAAUGUCGGAAAAGGGAAAGAGAAUUGCAAAAUAAAGUGCAGAAUCUGGAGGAACAGAUAAAAUAUCUUUUUUCUUCUGUAUAUUCUCAGUAUCAACAGAUGUGUGAUAAUUGCAAAACAAAAAGUGAUGCACAUAAAAAUGAAUUUGGAGUUGUCAGACAUAAUAUUAAUUGUAACUCUUCACAGUUAGAUAUAGUUUCUAAUGUAAAAGUUGGAAAGGAUUCUGAACAUUCCACUAAACAUUUCAUGACUGUAGAAAAUUUACCUUCAAGUAAAACAUUUGUAAGCAAAAGCAACACAAAUGAACUCUUCUCAGGAAAAAGUUCCCAAUCAAAAAGCUAUAUUGAAGCUGAAAAUAUGGUGCGAGAUUUGUAUAAUGGAACAUUCACGAAUAUAGCUGAUGCAGUAUUAGUUACUGAUUUACAGGAAAGUAAUGAUGGUUCCAAAUUGGCUUGUUUAGAUUCUGAGCCUAAAUAUUCACAUAUUUUGCAAAAUAAAAUUUCUUAUAAUGAAGUUAAGUUUGAUUGUGGUGCAAAAAAUACCGAGAGUAAAAACUACAAGAACUCGCUGCCAUUUACUUUUUAUCAUGAUCCAACAGAAAUUAUUUCCGAGUCUGCUAGCAUUAAUAUUAAAAAUCAGUGCAGUUCUAAAUCGCAAACUGCUAAAUCGGAAGAUUAUGGACGUCCGUUUGAAAAAGAUCUAGCAAUAGAGGAUGUAGAGAACAUCCCACCAGAAGGAUAUGUUCAAGAAUCAGAAAAGCGGGAAUUAGCAGGAAUCUUAAAGCCUUCAGUAAAUGUAUUUUACAUACCACUGGAGGAACAAGAUGCACAAGAAGAAUCUGAUCCUGAAGAUGGUUGCAUUUAUAACAACUAUCAUCCAUUGCAAGAUGAAACAUUAGUUCCACCAUGUAACACAGAACAAUUCACAGCAGCUACGUUUCUUUCCUCGACCCCUUGUCCUGGUAAGCAUAAUAAUAAUGCAUCAGGAUCCGAGGCAAUAGUAGAUGGCACUGCACAUAGUAUGCAACAUAGUGACCCAGCAUCAGAAAACAGAAUAUCUGUCAACACACAAUGUAUCUCAGAUGUGCUGAAUAAGAGCAAACUAAAUAAAAUGGAAGGAAAGUCUUCUAUUAAAGAUCAAAGUACUUUACAAAGAUUCAUUAGUGGUCGUCUUAGUACCAUUAUGGAGACAAGCCGAGACUGUAAUAGUAAGUCAUCUUCAUCAAAUGGUUCUCCAAGUAUUAUGAAAUUGAGUCAGUUAGAUCAGUACUCUAUAUUUCAUAGUAAUAAUAAUCUUUCUUCAAAAAUAGAAGCAGCAAAGCAACCAAGUAAUCUUACACUUAACUCAAAACCAUCAACUGGUUUUCCUGAUACAAUACCUGAAAAGGGCAAUGAAUUACCUCCAGUAACUUAUGCUAUUAUAGAUGAUGAAAACUUAGACCCUUUUGAUAUUAAACUCCAAAAUAAAUUAUUAGAAUCUCUAAAACUGCCAGAAAGCUUUUAUAAUAACUUUGAAAUAUCAAAUAAACUAAUAAAAUCAAUAAAAGUAGGUGAAAAUAUUGAAAUUGGUAAGGAAUUGUAUGCCAUUGAAAACCUUAUAGGUGAGGGUGCUUUUGCAAAAGUAUUUGAAAUAGAGAAGGUGGGUAUGAAAAAUUUUGAUAGUAAUUCGUGCACAAAAUUUGCUCUUAAAAUUUGUAAAGAUAGAAAUGAAUGGGAGCUUUACAUAACUACUGAACUGCAUAACAGGCUAGAAAAAAUGAAUAGUUUACCAGAUAUUAGAUUAUCAGUCUUAAAAAUAAUUUCAGCAGUAAAAUGUACCAAUGCUAUAUUUUUCGUAACUGAAUUCAGCCACCAAGGAACUUUACUUGAUUUUGUAAACUUUUAUGGUUCCUUCAACACUAACAAAAUUCCAGAAUUGGUUAUCAUGUAUUUAACUAUGGAACUACUAUACAUAAUGAGCAAAAUACACGAGUGUAAUAUUAUUCAUGGAGAUGUAAAGCCUGAUAAUAUUAUAUUAAUAGAAGAUGCUAUAAAGAUUGAUCUAUUAGACCAUAUACCUGAAAAAACUACAUUUCUCCGAUUUAUAGACUUUGGACAAGCAAUUGAUUUGAGCUUCUUUAAACAAGACGUUUCUUUUAAAACUGUUACAAAGUACAAUUGUACUGAAAUGAUGGAGAAUAAACCAUGGCUUUUUCAGAUAGAUUGGUUUGGAAUUGCCAACUGUAUUCAUGUUAUGUUAUUUUCUGAAUACAUGACUGUGCAAAAAAAAGAUGGCAAGUGGCAGAUAGGGAAAAAAUUAAAAAGAUAUUGGGAUAACGAACUCUGGGAGCCAUUGUUUCAGGAAUUACUGAAUAUACCAUCUUGUUCUAAUCAACCAAAUGUAAAAUACUUUAUUGAUAAGAUUAUUAGUAAGCUACAGCAGAAUGCUUCUAGUUUAAAAAUGCAUCUGGCUCGACUUAUGUGUUCAUAUACAAAAAAAAAAUAAGUAAUUUUUAUAUAUAUGCUAUAUUUUUUAUCUUCCAUAACUCUUUUAAUCAUUUGUGUAAUUAGCAUUAUAUGUAAACAUUAAAAUAUUGUUUUAUAUAAAUCUU